GUAAACUGCAACUCCUCCAUACGCAUAUUCAGAGCACAGAGCAGCAUGGUAAAGUUACCCCAAGACUGGCUGUUUACUCUAAGCAUUCAAAACGGGAGCACUGUUUCAAGAUGAACAAAAGUGUUCAGUUGUAAAUGCAGAAGAAAAGCUGAGCAGUGUUCGUAUUGAUGUCGGAAGCUGCGCUUCGCUCUGCUGCCAUGACUCAAGAAACACAGUUCCAACUUAAUCCACAAGACUGGAGUGAGAUCUCUGCUGACAAUUUUCAGAGUAGCCCGUUCAGCAUUGAUACUCCGUACGGGUACCAGCUUGACUUAGACUUUGUUAAAUACGUGGAUGAUAUUGAGCGAAGUGACACCAUUCGCCGACUGCAUUUUAACAAGCGGCCGGGGGUGGCAAAUGCUACCUCUGAGCCUCAGCGCAUCCUAAACCCCACACACUGGACUUCCUCAGAGUCUCUGUCCUCAGUGAGCAGUGAUGAAGCCAAGAAACCCUCUCCCUCUUCGUCCUCUUCCUCUUCUUCUAUUAACAGUAGAAGACCCCCACUUCCCCAUUCCAAACCUAAAUCCUCCAGUAAAAGACCAGAGGUCCCUCAAGACCCAGUCACCUCUCAGAGGGAUGUACAUGGGAUGGCUACCCCAGCCACACAAAAUCCUUCCCCAAACAAAGCAAAUCCCUUAGUGGAAAAGACUUUGAUGGAGACAUGCAAGCGUCUGGAACAUGAGAAAGGACCUCCAGAACCACAGCCCCGGCGUAGACUGGCCAGUUUUGGUGGUAUUGGCUCUAGUGGUACCCUUUCUCCAUACACAGGCUGGAGUGCCCUAAAUCAAGGUGCUAAGAUGACAGUCCUAGACCAGCCCAAGCAAGGUACAUUGUUAAUGGGGAACCCCCUUAAAAUCAGCCCCUCAAGCUCCGGCCGGGCAUCUCCAGUGAGCGGUGUGAGCCCACUCCACCUUCAGAUGGUCAGGGAUCAGAUGGCUGCUGCUUUACGAAGGUUAAAAGACCUGGAGGAGCAAGUGAAGGCCAUUCCUGUCCUACAGGUGAAGAUUUCUGUUUUGCAGGAAGAAAAGAGACAACUGACCGCCUUGGUCAAGAGCCAAGAUGAAACUCAAAAAUCAAGCUCCAGCAUUGACAAAAAUGUUCAAGAAUUGCCCAGCAAACCAGCGAUGGAGGGUUGGGAGCACAGUGCCAUCUCUGGCUUGACAGAUUUUCAACAGCUCAGUGUUGAAAUGCAGCUGCUUGAAAGGAAGAUCCAAGAUGCACGUGUUGAAUCCUCGGCUUUCAAGAUGAGGGAUCGAAAGUCUGUUGCAGUUGGAGAUGACAGGAGCAUCGAUGAAGUUGUUGUCAUUCAUCAAGACAAAUUAAACUUUUGUAAGGAUGUUGCUGUUGAGGCCAAACUUGAGACUCCGUCAGUGGCUGUCAGCGUCACUGAGACUAUGCUCGGGGUGGUAUCCAACAAGGAAGCAGAAACCGAGCUGCACCAGCAAACCAUUCAGUAUUUAAGUGACCGGAUUCAGAUACUGGAGGCUGAGCUUAAAGAAGCAAUGCUCCAGGCAGAAAUGACUCGGCUGAGGAGUGAACUGCGGGAAGCAGAAACGAGAAACCGUGCCGACAAGAGUUCCCUCGCGCACCCACAGGUAAACAGCACUGCCACCCAGACAGGGUCGCAAACUCGGACUCUUGGGGUUGGAAACCACACCAUCCUUGUGGAUUCUGCUGUUGGAGGAGGACUAGAGCGGAUUUCCAUUGGUGUUGGAGUUUCCUGCAAACCUGAGGUGAAGGUUGCAUCGUCUGGCCCAGAUACACCUAUGGAAGAGUGGGAAAUGCGCAAAAGAGUAGAGCAAAAAGAUCAGUGUGUCGGAAGCAAGUGUGUGACAACACGCAGUCAAAGUGUUGGGACGACCGUGUGUAUGUGUGAUGCUGCUACAAUCACCUUAGAGACAAUGGAGAACAAGAGAAGCAUUUACAGCCAAACAGUGGGCUGCGGUUUCUCCACUGUUGAUUUGGAUGUCAGGUCGGUCAAAUCACUAAUAUCCCAAGGAACUGUCACUGACCCAGUUCGAAGGGUUGACCUGGGUGUAAUGGCAAUCCCACAGACUGUAUCUCAGCGUACCAGCACAGCCUUUUGCACCGUCUCGCGCAGCACCAGCACUUUGCAGGCCUGUAUCUCUGAAGCCAGCACCAACACAAAGCACACACUCACCAGGGAAAGACAUACCAACACAACACAUGCAAUGACCCGAUCUCUGGCAGUUGGCGAUAAGAAGGUUUGCAACUGUGUGGCUGCUGUUCAGAUGCGCUCUGUUGAAACCACUGCAUGCUUGGAUAGAGGUACAAGCACCCCUGCUGUUCCUAAAGUUAUGACACGUGACAUGGGUGUUGGAAUGGCAAAUGUCACUGAGAAUCUCCUCAUCGGACUCCAUACACGCAAUAUUGCAUGUGGUCCAUCCCGUCUGCCAGAUCCGGUCAAGACACGUAGCAUUGGCGUAGAAGUGGGGGACGGGAGAAUACGCAACUCCGAGGGAGAGAUGUUUGUGCAGAACGAGCCUGGGCUUGACCAUUAUAUAGACCGCAUGCAAAAAUUACUUAAAGAACAACAGACCCUGUUAACCGACAGUCACCCUGGGUCAAAACAUGAGGUCAUUCUCCAGUCCCGUGGUGUUUUAGAUGAACAAAUUGGAGGCACUGCACGAAACCAAACAUCAAAUGAGACUUCAAGAGUUAAAGAAAAGAAUCAAAUGCAGUUGCAGAUGUCUGCUGCUCUUCAUGGUUCACCCAGUGAUGAUCGCUGUCUCAGGUCCAUCAUGAAAAGGAAAAGCACCAAUCUGAGGUCCACGGAUAGUGUGAACCCUAAGCCUGCCUCGCAUGGGUAUAAAUUUAGUGGGAGGAUGCUUUCUGCCUGCCAGACUCUGGAGGUUCACCUCAAUGGCAGCAAGGUCAUCUCUAACAGAGAACUGCGUUCGUGUGUGAGCACAGUGCAGCAGGAGUGGUUCUGUGUGUCCAGUCAGAAGAGGGCAUGCCCACAGAUUGUGGAGGACUUCCUCUUCGCUUGUCGCCAUGUCUCGCCAGACGUCCUGUGCUAUGUGGCCAACAUGGCUGACCAAAAUGGCAACACAGCCCUCCACUACAGCGUGUCACACUCUAACUUCAGCAUAGUAAAGAUUCUGCUUGCUGCAGGAGUAUGUAAUGUUGAUCAUCAGAAUAAGGCCGGUUAUACUCCCAUAAUGCUUGCCUCCCUGGCUGCCGUGGAAACGAAAGACGACAUGAUGGCGGUGCAAGAACUCUUCAGCAGAGGAGAUGUUAAUGCCAAGGCCAGCCAGGCUGGUCAGACAGCUCUCAUGCUAGCAGUCAGUCAUGGGCGGUUAGAUAUGGUCAGGGCUCUUCUGGCUGCUGGGGCAGAGGUCAACAUCCAGGAUGAUGAGGGGUCAACUGCUCUAAUGUGUGCUGGUGAACAUGGCCAUGCUGACAUAGUCAAACUCUUACUGGCCCAGCCAGGCUGUGAUGCCUCACUGACUGACAAUGAUGAGAGCACUGCUCUGUCCAUUGCUCUGGAGGCUGGACACAAAGACAUCGCUAUGCUUCUCUAUGCCCAUGUCAACUACUCAAAGACCCAUCCUAGGGGAUCCCCUCGAAGCAAGACUCCACCUGUUGCACGAAUAAGCUCUUCUGACUGAUAUGACAUUUUUUCCAUGCUCUCCAUCCAUUCAGACAUCCCUUCUGAACUUCCUGUUCAAUCAUAUGACUGAGAUAAGGUUAUGUUUUCCAUACGGUGUAAUAUUAAUGAGAGCAAUCAUUUUAAAAGUGCAGUGCACUCACUUUUGGUAUUAUGAGCUGCAUCAUCUGUUUUCUUCUUUACUGAUGGUUAUAUUUCCCAGGUAUAAAAAUACCAGCUACGCAGACUGAAAGUAAUAAAGACUUGUAUAUUAACUAAAAACUUUUAUACUAUUAUGGUAAACUGCAUGUCAAAAUAAUUGUAUGUAUUAAUUUUAGGUGAUAUAUAAAUUAUAUGCAUUUUAGGAUUUUUUACAUUUAAAAGCUUGAUUUAAUUUCUUGUAAUAUAUAUUUUACCAAGUAUACACUAUUCAUGUCCAAAAUCUAAAAUCUAGAUUUUAAGAACUCUUAAUAAAAAUGAAUGAUAUGUAAAUGUCAUGUUCAUAUAUACGUUAAUAAAUGUGAUUAAAUCACCAGCUUGUUUACUGCAAAUAUUGCAUUACUCUGUACUCUUGUACAGUAUUCUAGAUCCGAAUUCAUAUAGUUAUAAUGCCAUCUAAUGGUGAAAAGCUAGAUUGCAGAUGAUCAGCAGACAUGAAGAAGGUCGUGCUAGUUGCAACUCUUGAGGACAAAAAUCUGCAAAAUAACAUUAGCAGGGCCGCCCAGGCUCUGUUGCUGCACUAGGCGACAUUUUAGAUUCCAAACUAAAAAAAUUCUGAAACUGCUGAUUUUUCUAAACAUUACUAUAAUAAAACAUAACAUAAAUACUAAUAGUAAGUAUUAACAGAAGUAGUAAAUAAAUUGUGAUAAUAAAUAAAAUGGAGAUGUUGAUGCACUUUGUAGGUAUAUUAUGAGUGAAUCUGUUAAAAUUGCCUAUUAAGGAGACCAGACAUGAGCUUCUAUCACAACUAUGCCUACCGUGACAAGUACUUAUUACAACAUUGAGAAAUAUGUGCAAUAUGAAAUGCCUAAAAUAGUCUAACAGACAACAAAAGCAACAAAAUAAAGUCUACAUUUUGUAAUUUAUUUGUACAUGUUAGUCUAAUAAACAUUUCAUUUAAAUGUUUUGAGUAGGUCAGUGGAAAAUGACAUACACUAGGCUACUUAAACUUAAUUAUUUCAUUUUAUGAAUGCCCAUAUGAAUUCUAGUCCUAGUCAUGUAGUCCUAGUCAUGAUCUUUUUCGAAAGACAUUUAGACACUCUGGUGGCAGGUCCUACAGUACAACCUGUACAUUUAAGUACUUAAAUUAAAUUUGAUCAAUUUUACUAGAAUGCCUCUUUACGAAUAAUUUUCUUCAUGUCUGCUUGAGGCAUAUAUUAAUGCUAGAAUAUUUUCAAUGAGGCAUUUAUAGAAACUGGUCUGGAUAUGUGAACAUGCCAUUUGCCUGUCAUCUACUCUUCUAUAGAGACAGAUGCCCCAUAGAGACAGAUGGGUAAUUAUUACCCUGAUAAGAAAUGCCAUGUAGUGUGAAGGGCGUUAGAUUGUUCAGACAUCAUCUGAAUUUAGAACUUGUCUUGAAUUGGUUACAAUUUUGAAUUCAUUUGUUACAACUGGAUAUAAAAACAUGAUGAAACUCCAAAGACUUGCAUAGAGCACAAGUAGUAAUGGACUACUUUCAUGAUACUGCUUUUCAGUGACCAAUCUUAGGAGAGGAUCUCUUGAGAGCCAUAAUACAUCAGACAAUUCAAAAAUAUAUGCAUCUAUGUACAUAUGUUUCAGAUGGAUGUCUUUCGCCAUUGCAUCUCGCUAUUUUUUCAGUUACAAAAAUGUUUUAAGCUUAAAAGCUACAUUCACCAUUUAUUGUAAAGGCUCUGAGAAAAAGAGUAGCCAGUACAUUCAAUAUUUUGUGUUCCAAAAAGGUUUUACAUUGGAACGACUUGAGGGCGAGUACCUGAUGACGGUUGUUUUCAUUCAUUUUUUGGUGUGAUCUAAUCUUUUAAAUGAGAUCUUGUUAUAUCAUUACAUUCUACUGCAUAAUGACAGUCCAUUCUUGAAGUUACACAAUCAUGUUUGCAGUUAUUGGCACGACAAAAGACAUUCUUCACAAAAUGAAGGACAUUUUUAUUUAAGAAUAAGGAAAGCCUAGCACAUGUAAAGGACAACAGCUGACAUUCAAUACUUAUGUAGAAUCAGUGCAGCUGUACUGAAAAAGAUGGCUGUCAGAUAAAAGACACAAACAAUAUCUUGUGGUGAGAAAUUGAUUUUAAAGGCUGCAUUCAUUUAGAUUAGCUUAGAAGAGUUGCUUUCUGUGUAGCUUUUAUUUUUAAGUUACAGCCAUAUUUUUGUAUUGGAAUACUGAUACCUGACACAUUAUCUAUAUAAGAAGCAUGCAUGGACUUUAUAUUGACAUUAAAUUGAAUAAAUCUUCACUGAUUGUACUUCAGCAUGUCUUUGGAUUUUAGCUCAUCUUUAUGUAGCUCAUUGUGUUUGAUAAUGUUCAGCUCCGUGUGUCUGUGUUUUGUGAUGGAAUGCUCUAGCAUUACAGCUCUGUGCGGUCUGCAGCCAGUAAUAGGUGGUGUUGCCAUGGAAACCGCCUCAGAUGUUUUACCAAAAUGCCCUUGUCGACCUGAUAGCGAAACAUGCAUAUGAAAUGUAAAAUUAUGACAGCAUGUAAUCAUACCACAACACAAGCAUAGACUUAAA